AUCUCCAAGCGGUGCUCAGUCUUACAUCGCCGGUCGUAGUCGAUAUCUCUCAAAAAAUCUCUCUAAAAUGAAGUACUUUGGUGUUAUUGUGAUGGUCUUGUGCUUUUUGGGCGCUGCUUUGGCCCAGAGGAAGAAUCCUAUUUGUGCACAGGAGUUUGGCGUUAUUGGACACUGCCGUGGACUACUUCCUCAUUGGUCUUAUAAUCAAGAAAGUGGUCAGUGCUUAGAAUUCAACUACAGUGGCUGCGGAGGAUCGGACAAUCGAUUUGAAACCCAGGAAGCUUGCGAACAGAACUGCAAACCCCAAAUUUUGUAACUCCCAACUAAAGUUGUUAUGUGAAUAAAGUUUUUGUUAUUUUUAAUGUA